AGCGGCGAAAGUGGAGCAGGUAAAACGGAAAGCACAAAACUGUUGCUUCAGUUUAUCACAACUCUCAGUGGGGGAGAAUCAUGCAUUGGCAAAAGAAUUCUGGAAUCAAAUCCAAUCAUGGAAGCAUUCGGGAAUGCAAAAACGGUGCGUAAUGAUAAUUCCUCUCGGUUCGGCAAGUACGUGGACAUCCACUUUGACCAGGAGUCCGGCCACAUUGUGAGUGCGCGCAUCGAGCAGUACUUGUUGGAGAAGUCGCGCAUUGUGCGCCAAGCAGUGGGCGAGCGCAACUAUCAUGCCUUUUACUGCAUGCUCGCCGGCAUGCCUCUCAGGGAUAAGCGUCGUCUGGGCCUUAAGGACGCCAGAUGCUACAACUACCUCUGUCAGGGCAAGGAUACUUUGAUUGAUAGCCCGAACGAUGUGACGCACUUUGAAAAUAUUGUCUCGACAAUGCGUUAUCUCGAAUUUACGGAUCACCAGAUCGAUGAAAUCUGGCACCUAUUGGCAGCACUGCUGCAUCUGGGAAACAUAUCUUUCUGUGAAAUUUUGAAGGAGAGUGCUGAUGCGAGCAAGGUGAAGGAUACUCAUCGCUCCGAACUUAGAUACGCCUCCAAUCUGCUUGGGAUGAGUCACACAUGUCUAGAGAAGGCCAUGACCACUCGGCGAAUUCAGAUGGCUGGAGAGUGUGUUGUAGCUCAAUUUCUGCCCGCCAAUGCCUGCACUGUGAGAGAUGCCUUCGUGAAGACCAUCUAUGAUCACCUCUUCUGUUGGAUUGUGGAGAAAAUUAAUGCAGCUAUCUACAAGCCUCCUCUGGGUGUGAAUCCUCCCUUGGACCCCUCUGCUGGCCCCGGGCGCCUUUCUAUCGGUGUGCUUGACAUUUUUGGUUUCGAAAACUUCGUGUCCAACAGUUUUGAGCAGUUGUGCAUUAACUACGCAAAUGAGAACAUACAACAAUACUUUGUGCGACACAUCUUCAAGCUGGAGCAAGAUGAAUACUUGACGGAAGGUAUCAAUUGGACACACAUAAGGUUUCGGGAUAAUCACGAGGUGCUAGAUUUGAUAGCUCAUCAGCCGCUUAACGUGUUGGCGCUGGUGGACGAGGAGAGCCGAUUUCCCCGCGGCUCGGACGAGAGCUUCUUAAAUAAACUCAACGCUCGCCAUUCUACCACUCCCAACUUCAUCCGCGCCCUCUCCUCUCGAUUUGGUAUCGUACACUUCGCUGGGCCUGUAUUUUAUAAUGUGGAAGGAUUUUUGGAGAAGAACAGAGAUACAUUCAACCAUGACCUACUGGAGGUCAUCAAUACAUCGAAAAAUGAUUUUCUUCGAAAGCUUUUCGAGAAGCGUUUGCAUUCGGCCGACAACCGCUCUCGUUCACUAACGCUAGGAAUGCAGUUCAAAAAGUCAUUGGAACGUCUCAUGUCCAUCAUCAAUGGGUGUCAUCCCUUCUUCGUACGCUGCAUCAAGCCCAACGAGUUCAAAUUGCCCAAUUGUUUUGAUCGCAACCUCUGUGUGCGUCAAUUACGCUACUCCGGUAUGAUGGAAACCAUACAGAUUCGCAGUUUGGGCUACCCUAUCCGCUAUGAGUUCCCAGACUUUGUGCAGCGCUUCCAUAUGAUUCUACUGCUCCAUAGCUCUACCACCUAUCGCUUCAGUCAACUGCACCGCAGCAAUUUCCAGAACUUAGUAAUGGAGAUCUGUCGUGCAGCUUUCGGACCCGAAGACCUUACCUAUGCCAUUGGAUCCACCAAGGUCUUUUUACGAGUGAGUCACUGCUUCUGCGCAAUUGACCUAUGUAUCAGGUGGGCUUUUGGCGCUCCUCGUUAUUUUGCGCGGUUUUGCAAAUGCGUACUGUGGCCACACUUCCUUCACAUUAGCAUUGUUACGUGGAGGCUUUCAGACGGUUUUCUGAAACUCAUUUUGAUGCAUUUUUGA